CUCUCUCAAAAAGAGAGAAACAAAACCCAAAACCUUAAAGUUGAAAAUCCCCACAAACACACAGUUCUCAAAGUUGUUAGUUUCUUCCUUCUUGGCUGGUGUUUAGAGAGUACUAAGCAUGGAUUUGCAGAGAGCUAUGGUGUUCUCGUGUUGGGUUCUGUCUCUUUUGAUCAUCGAGACGUCAGGGUAUCGCGAUCAGCUGUUUCAGCCGCUGGAAGCUGAAAACGCAAACGCGAUGACCAUGGUGAUGGAGCGAGGUUUACAGACGCGGCGGCCGGAGCACAAGAACGCAUAUGCGACGAUGAUGUACAUGGGAACUCCAAGGGACUACGAGUUUUACGUUGCGACACGUGUCUUGAUCAGAUCGCUCAAAGGUCACCAUGUUAACGCUGAUAUCGUCGUUAUCGCCUCCCUCGACGUUCCACUCAACUGGAUUCACAACCUGGAAGAACUGGACGGAGCAAAAGUAGUGAGAGUAGAGAAUCUGGAGAAUCCAUACAAGAAACAAACCAACUUCGACAAUAGAUUCAAACUUAGUCUGAACAAGCUCUACGCUUGGUCUCUCUCAAACUACGACCGUGUUGUUAUGCUCGAUGCCGACAAUCUAUUCCUCAAGAGCACCGACGAGCUCUUCCAAUGCGGCUCAUUUUGUGCUGUCUUCAUCAACCCUUGCAUCUUCCACACUGGCCUCUUUGUGUUGCAGCCAUCAAUGGAGGUCUUCAGAGACAUGAUUCGUGAGCUUGAAGUAAAAAGAGAUAAUCCUGAUGGAGCUGAUCAAGGCUUUCUUGUUAGUUACUUCUCUGAUUUACUUAAUCAGCCUCUGUUUCGUCCUCCUAAUAACCGCAGCACCGUGCUCAUCGGACAUUUUAGGCUUCCUUUGGGGUAUCAAAUGGACGCCACUUACUAUUACCUUAAACUCAGAUGGAACGUACCGUGUGGACCAAACAGUGUAAUCACAUUCCCUGGAGCAGUCUGGUUAAAGCCAUGGUACUGGUGGUCAUGGCCUGUUCUUCCUUUAGGUAUAUCAUGGCACCACCAACGCUGCUACACCAUAAGUUACUCAGCGGAGAUGCCUUGGGUCCUAAUCCAAGCAGUGUUCUACCUAGGAAUCAUACUAGUCACGCGUCUAACGCGUUCCAGCAUGUCCAAGCUAUGGCACCGACGUUCUGACAAGAAUCUAACAGCUUUCAAGAUGGUUGCACUCCUCUUGAUCCUGUCAGCAUACAUUAUACCCUCCUUCAUCAUCCCACAGACCAUCCACCCGCUCAUGGGUUGGUCACUCUACCUGACCGGUUCUUUUGCUUUCUCCUCCAUUCCCAUCAAUGCUUUCUUGCUUCCAGUGCUCCAUGUUUUGACACCGUGGCUUGGCAUUCUCGGGACGCUCCUUGUGAUGGCUUUUCCCUCUUAUCCUGAUGGUGUUGUUAGAGCAUUGUCGAUUUUCGGAUAUGCCUUCUGUUGUGCACCGUUUCUAUGGGUCUCCUUUGUGAAGAUCACAUCCCAUCUUCAAAUUUUGAUUGACAAAGAGGUUUUGUUUCCCCGGUUGGGUGAGUCCGGGAGUAGUUCUAGUCUCAGCAAAUUGUAUUGA